AUGUCUAACAAAGAAAAGACUCUCAUCAAACCAUUUAAAAUCACCGCUCUGGCUUUAUUGAUAGUCCUAAUAAUAAACCUCUCUUAUAAGUCAUUUCUGAAACGCUAUCUAAAGUCGACUGUUAUUUGGUGUUUAGGAAUCGCUAAUGCAGAUCGUAACGAUAUAAUGUGGUGGCAAGCCUCACCACUAUUAGAGCGCUGGAUAUGGCAAUUAGUUGACAAUUAUGAAUCCGGGUAUGAAUAA